AUGGACGUGGACAUAGUGAAAACUUCGGCUAGUGACAACAGCAGCAUGGACAUGAUAUCAAUGAUGAUGCAAAUGGAAAAGUACCCUGAAUUUUGUGAACCUUUUUAUAACAACAACACUCCCACUUACCAAGAAAACGAGUUCACACUUGGUGGAAACACAACCAGCAAUAAUAUUUCCACAACUACUUCUGUGCCAAUAUUUAACGUUAACCCAAAUGUAACUCCACCGACUUUGAUUGAUCCACCAGUACCGUCCAAUCUCAAUUUCAACCCUAUCCAACAACAAUCUAUGACAACAACGUUAACACCAAACCUUCAACAACCCAACGCUUCAUUUCCCUACCCAUCAGAGAAAAAGAGUUCUAUGACCGCCAUGAGGGAAAUGAUUUUCCGAAUAGCGGUGAUGCAACCGAUUCAUAUAGACCCUGAAUCUAUAAAGCCACCGAAGCGAAGGAACGUGAAGAUUUCAAAGGAUCCACAGAGUGUGGCUGCGAGGCACAGAAGGGAAAGGAUAAGCGAGAGGAUAAGGAUCCUUCAGAGAUUAGUUCCUGGUGGAACGAAAAUGGACACUGCUUCUAUGUUGGAUGAAGCCAUACACUAUGUGAAGUUCUUGAAGAAACAAGUGCAGACGCUGGAACAAGCAGGGGCAAGUAGUAGCAUUAAUGGUGGCGUUGGAAUAUUCCAUGGGAUGCAGAACUCCAAUGUGAAUUAUUCUGCUUUGUUGAUGAAGGGUUGUCAACCUUGUCAAGUUGUGGGUUCUACUUCUACUUCUAGACAAUUGCUUAGCUUAGAGAGAGCCUGA